CGAGCACACGAGUGAGUGCAUAUCCAAUAAAAUAAGAUUUUUUUUUUUUGUUUUUUUUUUAAAUUCAAAAUUGAAAGCAAAGGAAAAAAAAGAAAUCGAAAUCGGAAAGUGUAUAUUGUUGUUCCUCGAUUCCUCGCUCUGCGCCGCGUCCUCUCUCCCAAAUUCAUCGGAAGCAAAGCAACCUUCUUCUCCGAUCUUCGUCUGAAUCAAUGGCAACGAUUAGGAACUUGAAGAUAAAAACAUCGACAUGUAAAAGGAUUGAGAAAGAGCUUCACUCUUAUGAGAAAGAAGUUGAGAGAGAAGCUGCUAAGACUGCUGCUAUGAAGGACAAAGGUGCUGAUCCCUACGACCUUAAACAACAGGAAAAUGUGUUGGGUGAGUCUAGGAUGAUGAUUCCGGAUUGCCACAAACGACUCGAGGCUGCAUUAGCUGAACUCAAGUCCACUUUGGCGGAAUUGGAAGAGACGGAUGAGAAGGAAGGUCCAGAGAUUGAAGAUGCAAAGAAGACAGUUGCGGGCUUGGAGAAGCAGUUUCACACUGAAGAUGCCUGAUUUAUUGAUUUAGCCAUCUGUGAGUGCUUGCUCUGUAUUCUGGAAAUGGUCUAGUUAAUCAAUUGUAAGAAUCUUCGUCUCUGUCGAAUCGCAUACACUAAAAGUUGCCUUCUUUGAACUCUUAAUACAUUUUGGUGAUCGUUCUUGCAUUCAAUAUCUUUCAAAUGUACCACACCA